GUCUAUAUCGAUAGAAUUCUGGAAUAUAGUGUAGAAUCUGACCCUGCUUUUCAACUAAGUCCAGAAAUAGUUGAAGCCAUAGAUUCUGUAUGGAAUGAUCCGAUAAUAACAGAAGUUCUCGAGAAGCAAAGCCAUUUUUAUCUGAUGGAUUCUGCACCUUACUUUUUUGAUGCGGUAAGGCGAAUUGGGACUCAAGGUUAUAUUCCAGAUGAAGCCGAUGUACUUCGGGCUCGAACCAAAACUACAGGAAUAUCUGAAACAAGAUUUAACAUGG